AGCCCAGAUGUGACGUCACCAGGCGGAAAUUAAACAUGGCCGACAACAACUCGCAAACGGCUGAAGUUAGCGCAACGCGUGUGUUAACCCGGAGAACCUCUUAGACGUUGCUGCAGAUAUUCUGACUUUGCGGUACACCUCUCUACCUUUGGGCUCGUCUCCCACAUGAAUUGGAGGUUCAAGUUGAGUUUGUUCGUCUGUAACGGACUCACUAUAUCGGACAUUAGCCCGCCGCGUUAGCCGCGUUAGCCGGCGGAGCAGCGGCUGAAUUUGUUUUUGUCCGGAGGGUGUGAUCUGAUAUCGAGCAGCCUUUUUACUCCCCUUUGGACCGUAACAUUUCAUCUGGACUGCGUCUGUGUCGCGGGUGGGAUCCAGCCCGUCGUGUUGAGCAGCGUCGUUCAUUCAAGGCCAACUUGGCAACAAAGCCGCGCUCCGCGGAGAUCGGACACGCACUCGACUCGAGCCGCCGCACCGAGCAACAUGGAUCCAAAGCGCGCGCGCUGCAAAGCCCAGACGAGCGGCAGCAGCAGCGACUCCAGCUGCGGCAGCCCCGCGUCCCCCUCCAGCAGCCCCGCGCCGGGGCCCGGGAGCCUCGCUGCGGGGCCCGGCGGCAACGCGUUCGCCAACGACGGCAGCUUCAUGGAGAUGUUCAAGAAGAAGAUGGAGGCUGAGGCGAAGAGGAAAAAGGACACGCAGCAAAGUGGUGGAGAGGCGAGAGCCACCGAGCAAGGACAGACACCAGUGGAAAAGAAGCCCCCUCCCGUGACGAGCUUUGUGGGAAAGCGCAGAGGCGGCGUGUUCCUAAAGACCGGCAUGGUUGCAAAGAAGCAGAAAGACGAAACAGAAAGCAAGCCAGGCAAGAGCGAUGCCUGGUCAACGUAUAUGGCCGAGGUAAAAAAGUACAAAGCCCACGAGUGUGGGGACGACGAUAAGACCAGGCCUCUGGUCAAGUAGGGUUCCAACAAAGCGUAUGCGAGGUGGACGACCUUCUGGGAGAAGCUCCGGGGCGGCCGGCCAAUCCUGGACCUUCUCGCGCUGCCAGUUGUAGUCACGAUUUGCAUAAAGUCUUUCUCCAACUGCGUAGAUUAACGGGCCAUUUUGGCCUUUUUUUUUCUUUUUAUAUUGUUUUUCUUAUUUGUUGGGACUCUUGUGAUCUGAUGUCAAAAAGGUGUUUUUUGGAAAUUUGGCAUUCAUUAAAUGUUUUCAAUUUGUCAUGUCUGGGUUAAGUUAGGGUUCAUUAGCAGUUGGGUUUGAUUUAAAUAACCAAACCAUUUGUCAAUUAAAUCUACACUGCCCAUCAA